AGUGGCUGUUUUGACCGUUGGUCUCUGGACGGCCCUGCCUCCGUGGCGAAGAGCGUAUAAGUGUAACUCUGAUGAUCUGUUCCUUGCAGUGUGGUAUGAAGUCCGGCCACCUCUUGUUUCUCGCAAUGGUCCUCUCCUUUAGAGUCCUAGUGUCCUGGGGGGCUGUAGAACAAGCUAAGGGGAGCGAAUGCGCUAUGAACGCGGUUUUGUGCAAGGACCCGUGCCAGGGGGACGAAUCCUGUCCGAGCGGGCAGAAGUGCUGCAGCACCGGCUGCGAGAGCACCUGCCCCAGGCCCAAGCCCGCAGGAGUCGAAGUCCCGUAGCUGCCCUGCCGGGCUUUUUCCAUCUCCCUGGAGGUAACAAUCUCCGCGGUGAAGGCAAGAAUGGCUUCCCGGAGCCCUCAAGACCCACCCAGGGACAGCAGGCCUCAUAUUCCCCGCCUCUUCUCGGCUCCCUUCCCUUUUUCCCCCCCUCUCUGAUUUUCUGAGGCGUUUAAAAGAGCUUAAAUCUGUUUCUCCCAAUAAAGAUUGAUGCCCUG